AUGUGGAAUUCAAUACUUCCCCUCGCCAAGCGAGUCAAGGUCCCGGUCACCGCAUCGACAACCGGGAAGCAGCUGGCGGAAAUGCAGCGAGACCCAUGGAACCAGUCGGCGAAAUAUGGAUAUGGGUUCGUCUACUUUGCGGUCGUGCUGCUGGUUAUCACCUCCCUCGUUCGAUUCUACCAUAUCUGGGGCGAUAAAAUGCGCAUCGCCUACUACAAGGAGCACAAGGAGCACCGACCGCAUCUGCAACCUGCUGCGUCUGAUAUAGCGGAGGAGUACGAGCUCCCCAGCGCAGGCACAGAUGCGUCGAGUGCGCAUUUCUUCCCACCCGCAUCGCCGCCAUCUCCACCAAAACGACGAGAAUGGAUUGUUCAGAGAAUUAUGCCGCUGAAGAAGGCCAUUGCGCUGAUGCGCUGGAUCUUUUACCGUCCGAUGCCAGUAGUCAGGAUUGGAAAACUUGAAUUCGUCUUCCCAUCUCUGGCGGUGACAGCAAUUGUGCUGAUUGCACUCAUCUUUGUGACGCUAUACUGUUUUGUGCCACAGCCUCUGUACUACUACUCCAUCGCCCUGGGAUCACCACCACUCGCUAUUCGAGCCGGCAUGCUCGCAGUCGCAAUGGUUCCCUGGAUCGUGGCACUCAGCACCAAGGCCAACUUUAUCAGCAUUCUCACAGGUCUGGGACCCGAGCGACUGAACGGAUUGCACCGCUGGUCUGCCUACAUCUGCCUCUUCCUGAGUCUGGUACACAUGAUCCCUUUCUACAUCACACCUAUUUGGGAGGAUGGUGCGAUGAUCAACUACCGCACAUUCAUCACUUUGCCGAUGUAUGUGUACGGAAAUGGCAUCGCGGCCAUAGUUCCUCUAUUCGUUCUUUGCGUCCACUCGCUCCCAUUUCUCCGCCACAAGAUGUACGAACUAUUCAUUGUGAUCCACAUUCCGGUAUCGUGGAUCUUUGUGGCCAUGCUCUUUUGGCAUACCAAGAACUUUCUCUCUUCAUGGGGUUAUCUCUGGGCUACAGUUGUAAUUUGGAUCAUUUCAUACACCAUUCGACUUUUCUACCUGAAUUGGACGAACCCCUUCCGCCCUUCCUCAUUUAUGAUCGGAGAAGAGUCAGCCGUCACUCUCCUUCCACAAGGUGCGGUCAAGGUGACUGUACCCACAAAAAUGCGCUGGCGUCCUGGUCAAUAUGUCUAUCUGCGCAUGCCGAGAAUGGCCUUCUUUGAAAGUCAUCCCUUUACGAUCGCUUCGCUCUGCAGCGAAGACUUUCCUUCCGAAUAUGGUGAAGAUUAUCGUGAUAUGGCCCUGGUAUUCCGACCAUUCCAUGGAUUCACACGCAAAGUCUUCAGAAAGGCACUGGAAAAUGGACCAUACCAAGUCUACUCAGCCUUCCUGGAGGGACCUUAUGGUGGCAUGCAACGUGAGAUGUCAGCUUUCGACGACGUGAUUUUCUUCGCCGGAGGUAGUGGUAUCACGGCGAUUGCUAGUCAACUAUUGGACUUGAUCAAGAAAAUUCGAGAUGGCAAGGCGGUCACCAAAUCAGUCAAGGUCAUUUGGGCAUUGAAAACCCCUGAGACCAUGGAAUGGUUCCAAGAAGAGCUUCGAAUCUGCCGAGACAGUGCACCAUCCAAUAUUGUAAACUGCCAUUUCUUCUUGACCGGCAUCAAGCAAGAGGACCAGGCAGGCCGUGAUAUGGUCCAAGAGAAAAUCUAUGGCAUGUUGCAGGGCAUUGACAAGCGUAACUCCGCCUAUAUUCGCGAGGAAGCGGCCGGCAACCCCGAAAUCGAGAAGGAACUGCGUCGCGAAAAUGAGGAUGGCCUCGCCGCCCUGCCAAGUGCAUAUACUGCCUCGCAUGUCGCGAACAACCGUCACUACCAGCAGCCUAUGGACCCAUAUGCUGCUAAUACCACCAACAAUGUCCCCUUUGACUUUGGCUUCAACAAUCAACCCGCACCGCAGAGGAACACCACACCCCGCUAUGCCUAUUACCAUCCCUCUCAGCGAAGAGAAAACUGGAAGACCGACUACUUCCGCCCCAACAUUUCUCAAAUGCUCACCGAGUAUUCGAAAACUUUUGGUCGACGUGCUUGUGUUUUCGUGUGUGGUCCACCGUCCAUGCGUGUCGAGGUGGCUAGUACAGUGGCUAAGCUACAGACGCAAGUAUUGUUUGGCUCGUCAAAGGACGAGAUUUUCCUGCAUGCGGAGAACUACAACAUCUGA